AUGGCCCAACACAGUUCCUUCACAUAUCCUUACUCGCCGGAUGACGCCUAUUACGACCACAACCAACCGGGCACGUCCCCACUUCGACAGUCUCCUUGGAAGAAUAGGGAGCUGCCCGGUCCAGCGUCAUUCAGACACGCUGCUGGCUUAGGUCUCUGUCAUGAUAACAGACCUACACUUGUGACUCACGCCGUCCCGGCUGUCAACAUUCAUCGAGCUGGCUCUAUCCCUGGACUAGAAGGUAUUCGUCUCUCUCCACUAUCUCCGAGAAAUUCAGGACCGCAGGUAGAUCCUGUCACCAACUGGAUCGAAAGCAAAGAAGAACCGUGGAGCAGUAUUCGCUUUCGUACAGACACCCACUUUCCUCCCAUGGGUACAAAUCUGGCUCAUUACCAGAAUUCCCUCCCGAAUUCUAACAACUAUCGUCAUGGCCCUAGCUCCGUAGAGAGCAACGAUACUGUACCUACGCACUCGGACUCCGGAUAUGGCACGGCUUAUACAUACCCUACUCCAGUCAUGGACCAAAUGAAUCGGACACCGGAGAUGCCCGAUCUUUCCUACAAAAUGGAUAGUGUUUCAUUACCGCGAAGGCACUCCCACGUGCUCGAGACUGACAGGAGGAGUGAUGGUCCCAUCAAUUCACGUGAUCGAUCUAGGUCAAGAACCUCGCAACGGCGCUCGGCGCCUGAAAAGUGCCUCGUGCCAGGCUGUAAUGAGAUUUCAAAGUGUCCCUCAGAUGCCAAAAAGCAUCGUUUGAAACAUGAGAAGCCUUUCCACUGUGACGUCCGUAACUGUAAACGAACCCAUGGUUUCACUACAAUCAACGAUCUCAACAGACACAAGAAAAGUGUGCACAAGAUUGGGGGUACGACGAAGUCUUAUAAGUGUGUAGCCUCACAUUGUAAGAACAGAGACAAGGAAUGGCCGCGCCUAGACAACUUUAAGCAGCAUGUGGUCCGCAUGCAUCCAGACGACGACCUAGAUGAUAUAAUUAGGAGGUCCGAAUGUCGCCGCACUGGCGACCAGUCCCGGUCACUUACACCCCAACAGCUGUCCAUUGCUUCCAUGGACAAAAGCUCCCUGGUCGCAGGCAUGGAUGACAUUGCAAGGCAUCCUUCCAUUCCCACCGGUAGUCCCUCUGCUCUCUUUUCGCCCGAGCUUGGCACUAGGAACUGGGAUCCGAACGCGCCGAAUCCGUUCGAAGGCACAUACUCCAGUACAAGCCGUCGCACCGGCAGUACUUAUCCAUCAUAUGAAGGAGGCCAAGGGUUUGGUCACGAUUACGCAGAUGUGAUGAGUUACAAGGUCAGUCCUCUGAGCAUGGAACCCGCUGCCACGAGUGUGGUAGCUUCUUCUGGGCUCAACACGCUGGCCGCGGCCGUGGCCGUGGCCUCGACCGUUGGGAGUGAGGCUUUAGAUAAGAAUGAGAUCCCUGACGUGGGAAACAGGACUGGGGAGCAUCUUCCAGAGCCUACGAGCACCAGCAGUCAAGUCAGCAACAACUGCAUCAGCAAUGGGCACAACCCCAAGGACCCGGAGACCGCGACCCAGACAGUGGGACUGAGCCCACUCGCCAAGGCCAUCGCCCAGGGCCUCAUGAGCUGUAAAGACAAUGACAGUCUUGCACAACGAAUUCUUACAGUUUUGACUGAUAAUGCCAUUGUCAACAACACUUCGUCUUCUCCCCCCGCAGCUCUUACGAAAAUUUCCGGAUUGCCAUCCUCGAAGCGCUCCGUCUCCACCCCUUAUCCUUCACCGUCAUCUCCGAUUGCCCCUUCAACCGACUUCGACUCUGUUCGCGAUGCCCUUACGACUAUCCUCAAAUGUUCUCCGCCGAUUCCUCCCACCUCCACCGCGACGGGAAGAUCAUCGUUAACAACACCAUACUCUGCCCGCAAGAAUAAGCAUUGCUCCCGCUGCAAGAGCCACUUCGCCCGUGCAUGUGAACUGCGCAAGCACGAGCGCCGUCACCAGCGGCCUUACGGAUGCACACAUCCCAAAUGCCACAAGAAGUUCGGCAGCAAGAGCGACUGGAAGCGCCACGAGAACAGCCAGCACUUCCAGAAUGAGGGAUGGCGGUGCGAGAUUCGGAACGACAAUCAUGGUGAUCCUAUUAGGAGAAAGGAGGUCCCGAUGCAGACGACAAUACAUGAACCCGUAAACGAUCCCGCCGCCGUCUGCGGCCUCCUCUUCGACAAAAGAUCAUCUUACCUCUCUCACCUCUCUAGCAUCCAUCGUAUUCCUGUCCCCGAUCAUUUCAAUCCAGCCUUAAUUCAUGGCCUAUCCUCAUUCUCUCCGCCAUGUCGUCUCCCGUCUCCACUACGCAACGUCCUCAUCAAAACACGCAUCGGUCGCAACUACCAAUCAAGCUUCUGGUGCGGCUUCUGCCGUGUCAUUGUGCCCCUGAACGGUCGACGAGCAGAUGCCUGGGACGAGCGGUUCAACCACAUUGAUGCGCAUUUCACAAAAGAAGGAAAGGGCAUCGGGGAAUGGUGGUGCGUGGAGGAGCGUCGAGUCAAGGGCCAACCCGAGAGCAAUCCCAAUCCCUCACCUUCUAUCAAAAACGACGACAACAACAAUUUGAUAACAGCGGACACUAACGACAAUAAGAACGACAAUAACGAUAACGUGAGCGCUGCCACCAAUGAAGAUAGCAUAGAGCCGCCCGCCACCAACGACACCGCCUUCUCCGCCCCACCGUCUCCCACGCCCGCACUCCAGCGCAAACACAGUCGCUCUCUAGAUGAGGAUGACACAGACACAGAAACAGACGCAACACCACGACCGAAGCGCCCGCAACGAGACGAGAGCCACGACGCAAGAGACGUGGACACGUUCUGCUGCCGCUGCAAGCGAGGCCCAUUCCGGCGUCGGCUCUACUCGAACUGCAUGGACUGCGAGCAUGAGUUUUGUGUCGAAUGCGAGUAUAUCGACCACGGCGGUGCGUACGAGUAUGAGAUGACCUAG